CGCAGAGGCCAGAUAUUCGUCGACUUUACGACAAAAUGAAGACAUUAAGCGAGCACGACACAGAAAUAUUUCUAAAUGAUAAAGAUAGGCAAAUGGAAAGGGUCAAAGAAGGAUCACAUGCUUUCAUCACAUAUAGCUCAUCUGCGGAGCAUUUCAUGGCUAAAGACUGUCAUCUGGCACUAGUUGGGGAACCCGCGUCCUAUGAGAAUGAAAUGCUAGCUUUUGCAACGCCGAAAGGUUAUCCUCUCAAAUCAGACAUCGAAAACGUAAUGCGUCAGCUAAAGGAGAGUGGUAUUAUGGACGUUUGGUGGAAGAAUCGGAUCGCCAAUGACAGUGACAGCUCCUGCGGCGUCGACAGAAGCGUGAAGACAAUAACACUUCAGGAUGUGUUAGGUGGAUUUCUGGUUGUAUGUGGAGGGAUUGGGUUGUCAUGCGUGAUGUUGAUGCUGGAACUGUGUCGACAUUGGGUGCACAACAUGUGAACGUACAUGACAUUGUUCUUGGCGAGAUCCCUGCAAAGAGCACCAGCCUGUUGGUCCCUGAAGUAGCUAAUGAACUUAUGAACACAGGGAACCUCUUCAGAAGAAUCCAGAUUCCAUCCUUGGCCUUUGUACUUAUUGACUUCUAGAUGAGAUAGUACAGGUUAAUGGCAAUACGAAGCUGUGCUUCAUGUGGAUGUCGUAGGGACGGUGGGUUGACCUAGUGGGUGAAGCGCCCGCUCGUCACGCUGAAGACCUGGGUUUCGAUUCCCCAAAUGGGUACAUUGUGUGAAGCCCACUUCUGGUGUCCCCCUCGAAGGCCACAUGGUGGCAUACAAUUUGAGCAAUGAUAUUGAGCAUUCUACUAUCAUAUAUGUUCAAACAUUAAUAUUAACUGAUUAAAAAAUUCCAUUUUGUUUCACACAAGAAGUUCUGUUUUGUUUCACACGAUAAAGACCCGUGAGGAUCAGGGUCAGAAUUGGUCUAUUAGGUGUUUCAUCAUGUACACUUCCCCUUUAAUGAAAACCAACAGAUGCUGUGAUUUAUCAACCUAAAAUUGUCACAUAAUAACUAAUGAGUAGUAUCACCAAGGUAUAU